AUGUCAGAAGAACACUGUUGUGGUCCUUCUGAAACUUCUGAAGCUCGAGAACCUUCCGAAAACACGGUUCCAGAAGCUCGGACUCUGAUUUCGGAGCAAGAUGGAGCAGAGACGAAAAAAGCGAGAAUUGCGGUUGUCGGAUGCUCGCACGGAGAAAUGGACGCGAUUUAUGAGGUUCCUUUCCGUUUUUUUUAAAUCAGUUUGAAUAUCGUGAAAAUUGUUGCAGACUAUGGCGUUGAUCGAGCAGGAGAAGGGCUACAAGUUCGACCUGCUCAUCUGCUGCGGAGAUUACCAAUCGGUCCGUAACUACGGCGACCUUCUCCAGAUGUCCGUGCCGCCGCGUUUCCGCUCCCUCCAGACCUUCUACAAGUACUAUUCGGGCGAGAAGACGGCGCCUGUGCUCACCGUCUUCAUCGGCGGAAAUCACGAGGCGUCGGGCUUUCUCAGCGAGCUGCCCAAUGGGGGAUGGGUCGCACCCAACAUUUACUACAUGGGCUUUGCGAAUUGCAUCCAGUUCGCCGGACUUCGCAUCGCCGGCCUCUCCGGCAUUUUCGCGGCGGGCGACUUUAUGUACUCGCACCACGAACGGCCUCCGUUCUCCGAAAGAGACGUCAAGAGUGCGUAUCACAUUCGCAACGUCGACAUGUUCCGGCUGAGACAGUUGAGAGCGCCGAACGAGGACAAGGUUUCGGUUAGUGAGAGGGCAUCUAUCAGCCGAUUGGAGCUUUCCGAUCUAUAUCCCCCAUUUGGGCUCAAACUUUCAAGGUUCAAAGGACACUAGAAUGAUAAUCUUGCAGAAAUCGAUUGAAUGAUAGAUAAUACUAAGAUGUUGCAGAACCCGAUCGACAUAAUGAUCUCUCACGAUUGGCCGGGAGGAAUCGCUGAGUUCGGCGACAAAGCGUGGCUGUUCCGAAAGAAGGACCGCUUUGAGCAGGACCACGAGAGUGGCAAGCUCGGCAAUCCGUCGGGAAUGAAGCUCAUCUACGUGCGUACCACUUCUCCCAUCGCCCCUGUCAACCUUUCAUUUUUCAGGAAUGCCGUCCCCGUUACUACCUGGCCGCCCACUUGCACAUCGCGUUCGCCGCCCUCGUCCCACACAAAGGCGCGUCGGCGUCCGAACGCCCGACGCCCACCCGAUUCCUCUCGCUCGACAAACCCAUUCCGGGCAGAAAAUUCAUGCAGGCACUCGAGAUAAACGUGCCGAACAGCGCGCGAAUGGAGCUGUCCUAUGAUCCGCACUGGCUCGCGAUCCUUCGCAGUACCGAUCUAUUGACGGUGGCCGAACGGGAGCACAUCAUCCUUCCGGACAUGUCCUCGAGUCGGCCGUGUGCGUACGAGCGAAAGGACUUCCGACCGACCGAGGAGGAGUUGCGAAGCAUCGGAGAGCUCGGCGACCUGACCAUCAAAACCGACACUUUCCGACAGACGGCACCGCCGCUCAUCGAGGUCACCGAAGAAUCUAAACGAGCACCGCCGAGCCUCUACUAUCGUAAUCCGCAAUCGGCCGAGUUCUGUCAAUGGCUCGGAAUUCGCGAUCUGAAUCAGUUGUUGAUCGCAAAAAGUGCGGAUUUCAUCGGAAAUCCUCACUAUUUUGUGAUGCCCGAAGCGGACGAGCAUCGGCAAGAUGACGUAGAUUUCGGCGACGACGACUUCGUCAUCGAUCGCGGCACUUCGGCGCAGUCGGAACCGCUCGUUCAAGAUUGA